CCGGCCGGGGCAAGACGACCCGUGCGCAACCAUCAGCAGGACUAUAUGGACUGUGCAGCAGAAGAUUUUUUAAAAAUUGGGCAGCACCAAAAUGAGCGUAAUGCUUGUCCGACCUCCUCCGCAAUCUCUCUCGUUCAUCUCUCCCCAUCGCUUCUUCUUCUCCCCUCUAAAUCUCUCUCCCCGUUCUCUCUCUACUCUCUCUCUCUUCUCCACCGCCGCAACACCCACCACCUCAACCCUCUCCUCGUCUCUCCCAUACGGUCCUUCUCUCCACAAAGGCAGUAUACCCUCCCACACUAUCCAACCCCAAGAGCAAACCCUCGAUUCAGACCCAUUAAUCAACGAAGCCGACUUCACUCGUCAAUUCAAUAUUGCUGCUCUUCGUGUCCCCUCAGACCACUGCUUCGCUCUCGAAAACCGGUUACGAGGCCAUCUCUUGAACUGGCCUCGUAUUCGCAACAUUGCUAGGGUUUUAGGUGAUGAUAUUGAUGAGGACGUCAAGGAAUUAUUUACAUGUAAUACUCAAAUUACGAAAGAUGAUGAUGAGGGUGAGGAUGGUUUGGUUUCGUUGAAUAGGAGAAUUUAUGGAAAGGCGGAGGGGGAUGGGGAGAGAUUGAGUGGGGUUUUGUAUAGGGAUGAGCUUGUGAGGACUUUUGAUGCCAAGGGGUUUGUGAAAUUUCGGAACUUGGCCAAGUUGUCGAGGCCUAAGAAGAGGAAGAAAAAAGGGCUUGCGGGAGAUCAAGAAGGGAGAGGGAAGAGAGGGAGUGUGUAUGUGGUGGAGGUUGAUGAGGAGGAGAGUGGAUUGGAAGGUGAUGAGUUGAGCGGAUUGUUGGGAGAUGAUUUUAGGGGCACCAAGUGGAGGGGUUCGACGAGGUUGUUGCUGUUGGAUGAGCGUUAUUUUGAUAAAGGAUUGGAUCAAAUGCCGGUGGCUAUUAAGGCAGUACUUAUCGAAGGUGACAGUGAAGGUAUGACACCACCUACAGAACUAGUGAGAUGCAAGCUGACUUUGUUUUAUACUUACUGGCAGAUGAAUGAGAUCUUAGAGGCAUUGUUACCAGAAGGGUUGAUUGUUCCUUCAGCCUUUGAGACAGUUGGGCAUAUUGCCCAUUUAAAUUUAAGAGAUGAACAUCAUCCUUAUAAGAAGCUCAUUGCCAAGGUCGUGUUAGAUAAACACAAGCCAAAGAUACAAACCGUUGUCAAUAAAACUGAUGCCAUUCAUAAUGACUACAGAACUAUGCAGCUUGAAGUUCUAGCAGGAAAUCAUUCCCUUGUGACAACAGUAGUUGAGAAUGGACUGCCUUUUCAAGUAGACUUGGCAACAGUUUAUUGGAACUCAAGGCUUGCAACUGAAAGGCAAAGGCUCCUGAAUUCCUUUACACAGAGUGAUAUUGUCUGCGAUGUGUUUGCUGGGGUUGGUCCUAUAGCUAUAGCUGCAGCAAAGCGAGUGAGAUAUGUUUAUGCUAAUGAUUUAAACCCCAAUGCGGUUGACUUUCUCCAAAAAAAUUGUGUCAUCAACAAACUUGAGAGAAAGAUUGAGGUUUAUAACAUGGAUGGGCGGAGGUUCAUUGAUUCUGUUUUUGCAAGUUCUAUAGCAAAGUGCAUCACACAAGUGGUCAUGAAUCUACCAAAUGACGCUGCAGAAUAUCUUGAUGCUUUCAAAGGAUUAUUUGGUAGCUAUAAUAGUGCUAAAACAUUCACUUUGCCAAAGAUUCAUGUUUAUGGGUUCUCUAAAGCUCAAGACCCAGAAUUUGAAUUUCAAGAGCGGAUAAGGAUUGCUUUGUCAGAGGCAGCAUUUGAGAUACAAAUGCAUAGGGUUCGCCUUGUAGCACCGGGAAAGUGGAUGCUGUGUGCAUCAUUUAUACUCCCUGAGAGAGUAGCAUUUAGAAGGUGAGUUAGUAGUUUGUAGGCUGUGGCAAGUUCGGAUGAAAAUAUUCGACUCAGCUGGCUCAAGUUUUUAUCUAGUCAUACUUGACAAUAUGUAUAUAUUUUUGCAAAUAGCUAUCACUACCUUCUGUAGUAUUUGUAUAAGUUAGGUUUUCUUUCAUAUACCAAGUGGUUGUAGACUUGUAUCUUGUCCAUCUUUAUUUUUAAAAUUAGAACUUUGACAAUUGAGCUGUAUACUUCAUUUCAAUAAUUUUUAUGCACACCAUUUAUUAUAA